AUGGUCGGAGUGGACCCGGUCAGCAGUACCAUGUGGAGCGCCACGUGCAGCAGAAAGAACCCGAAGGUCCACAAGCCAGUCAGAGAGCAAAGGCGUGAGCAACUUGCCCCGCAAAGCCACGGGGUCUCCUUCCUGAUCUCCAUGCUGGAGGCAGAUCUCGGCGCCGACGAGGCGGAGCUCCGGCGCGACUGCAACCGCGCGAUCGCCCAGGGUCGGAAGGAGGCAGAGGCGAUCCUGGAGGAGCGCAGGGAGGUGGCGCAGAGGUUCAUCGCGAACUUCGACGCCGUGACCGACGCGAUCGAGUCGAACGACAGCCUGCAGGAGAUCGAGGCGCAGCUGAAGCGGCUGAACGACUUCGGCCUUCAGCUCUUCCGCAGCCGGGGCAAGGACGAGAUGAGCGCGCCGCACCCCGCCCUGGACACUAUCCCCGCGGUGCUCGACGCUGUGAGGAAGACGCUGACCGCCCACAAAGCCGUGGUCACUUUCGGGGAGAACAUGGCGGAGCAGGGCUACGAGUGCGACAGCAGCGACGAAGACCUUGAGGACUACCGCCCUCCGGAGCAGGUGGCGGCGGCACGGGCGGCGGCGAGGACCGCGGCUCAGUCGUACUUCGACGAGCAGCGGAAGACCCUUCAGAAGUACGACGCGAAUGGGGACGGCUUCCUCACUAAAGUAGAGGUGGGGCUCUUCGUGGGCGAGGAGUACGGCCUGCAGCUGUCGGACUCCGCCCUUGACAGCAUAUUCAACGCCCUCUGCGUGAAGCCGCUGAGCGUCAUCCACUUCGAGAUGGACGAACGACCAGAGGCCGACCCCGUGGACUGCUACCCUGGCGUGCCGCUGAACGCGGGGCAGCAGCUGAAGAUGGCCAUCGGAGUGCAGAGAGAGGUGGCGCGCGAGCAGGAUCGCCGGAAGAAGCUGGAGGACCUGCACUUCGAGUGGCAGCGCAGCCUCGAGGAGGCGUCCGUGGUGGUCGGCCUCCUGGAGCCCAGGGUCGCGGCGUGCCAGGUGGAGGCGGAGCGGCUGACGGAGGUGAUAGAGGAGUUGAAGGCGAGCGACGUGUUGAAGGCCGUCGCCGUCGCGGCCAAGGAGGUGGCCGAGGUGGAGGCGGAGCUGAACGCUUGCUACGUCAAGGUCAACCCCACCCUCUCUAGCCAGAAAGUCGACGACGCGCAGAGGGGCUUCUUCUUGCGCAGUGCAGACGCCAAGACCCUCCGGAUGCGGGCAGGGCGGCUCACGGCAACGCUCAAGCGCGCGGCGGUGGCGCACGCGAGUGUGCGACGGCAGGUGGCCGCGAGGUCGCGCAUGGACACGCACUUGGUGUACACGCAAGUUGCGAAUAUAUUGGAGAACCACAAGGAGGACAUGGAGCUCCAGCUGAGUGGGCUGGAUCCGGACAAGGGCGACGGAACAAUGUCCCAGGCGGACGUGACGUCUUUCCUGAGGCUGCGCUGGGACGUGCUCUCGGACUUCCCCGAGGCCGAGGUGGCGGCCUGGUUCGCCGCGCGGGCCGAGUACAGCGACGGCGCUGGGCUGUCCAGGGUGCAGCUUCUUGAGCCCAAGCGCGUCCGCUACAAGGUGGAGAAGGCAGUCGCGAUGACCAAGGGGCUCAGCAUCAAGGAGAGCAGCUGCGUCAGACGCCUGAAUGCAGGUGAGAUCGUCGAGCUCAUGGAGGCGCCGCAGUCGGACGAGGAGUUCGAUGUGGUCAGGAUCAGGAUUCGUGCUUUGAGAGACGGCGUCGACGGCUACGUCACCAUCAGGGGCAACCAGGGCACGAACUACAUCGAACCAUGCGAGGGUGAAUGA